UUUUGAAUGUUUUAUUUUUUUAUUUACGGUUUGUGUUUGCAAAUGCAAAUAAAAAAUUCGCCAACAAAAUCUUUUACUUAGUGGAAAUGAUAAUUUAAAAUAAAAGUAAUAUCUAUAACAACUUUAUAAAAUGAUUCACGAUAUUCUUCUUUGUCUGUUAAAUCCCUUUUCCAAACGUCUGCCUAUUGAGGAAUUUGUUAUCUCCGAUGCCGUCUCCACAUUUCUACAUCCCGGUGAAAGAAAAAUCCUUCAAGAUAUAAUUCGUAUCAUUAAUUUACACCGUGACAUUGCCAAGUUUACAAAAAUCUACGGUUCUAGUCAUAAUCAGGCUUUAAAUACAUCUCUAGUCGAUACAGAUGAACCUCUACAAAACGGAUUAUACUUGAAGGCAUUCGCCAAUGGCAUCGAUCUUGUGUUAAAAGAUUAUUUGGAAGAAAUCACAGAACUGGAACGUCGAUACUUACAAAAUCCCUCCCAGUCGCUGUUGUUCAUCUUUCAAAAGAUAAAUAUCUUCCAGCCGCUAUUUCUCUUUCUGCAAAAACUAAUUCGAGGUAUUCGAGCACAGAAACUGCAUGGUUGUGCCAUAAUUCAGUACUUGCAUCAGAAUAUCCUGCAUGGUGAUAUGAAAAUCAAUGCUGCCAUUAAGAAGAUUCAAUCUACAGUGAAUGUUGUUUUCCUCAAACAGCUCACUCACUGGAUUUUAUAUGCAAAGAUCAUCGACACUUACGGUGAGUUCUUUAUCCAAUGCUCAGAAUCUCGCAACAACAAUAGCACCCUAGGAAGCGAACGUUGCACGUCAUCUGGCAGUGGUAAACACACUGCAAGUACAUUGUCUGAUGCAGCAAGUACAUACGCUGACAUCUGGCGCUUUGACAUCUCCUAUGAAUUUCUCCCCCAUUACUUAUCCUCUGGCUGGGCCGAAAAGGUUCUCUUCAUCGGACAGACUGUUCUAAUUUUCAAAGUCGACAAGAAUCGGCUCAAUAAAAAUGCUGAAAUGUGGAACAUUGAUGUUGGGAAAAAGGCCUCCGAGGAGUUUCUCUGGAACGAGAAUGAACAUAUCUUCUUCAAGAAAAUCCAAGCUCUCCAGCUGGACGAUGAGUUGAAUGUCUCCCACUACGAGAGAGUCAUUGAUGAGAUUAAGUCAUUUGUUACGACAAGGUUGUCCGAGAUCGCGGUAAAUCAAGCAGAUUUGGUACAACAGCUGAAACUGAUCAAGGACUUUUAUCUACUCGGUCGGGGAGAGCUGUUCUUAGAGUUUAUCAAGAGGACAUUCGAGUUUCAAUCGGGUUCGAAUGAUGAGAACAAAAUAAGAGAUAUUGUGAAGGCGUUUGAGACUUCCGCCCACGGCAUUGGAAUCACAGAUGAACUUGAACAAUUUAGCAUACAAGUUGGCAAAUUCAACGACACAACGAAUACUCUCAGCUUAAGUGAUUUUAACUUCUGCCAGCACAUGCGUCUGCAGUAUAAAAUAAGUUGGCCGCUGCACUUGCUCUUCUCGCCAAUAGUCAUUGAACGUUACAAUUUAUUGUUUCGAUUCUUAUUGCUCGUCAAACGUGUUCAAUAUAGAAUCCACUCCAUUUGGCAUAAUGAUUUGCAGAGUGGUCGAGUGGGGGAGUUUGUAAAUCCUUUGGGUAGAAACCUACGAAAUCAAUUGAUGUUCUUUGUUGAUAAUUUACAAUAUUACAUUCAAGCUGAUGUUUUAGAAAGUCAAUUUAGUAUUUUGAUGAAUACGAUUUUGAAUAAAGCGGAUUUUGAGCAGAUUCAACGAGCACAUUCAGUAUUUCAGGCGAAUAUUUUGAGUUUAUGUUUCAUGAUAAAUGAUGAGGAUUUUACAAAAAUCAGUUUCAAUCGAUCUGUGAGAUCAACAAAUCCAAUAUUUAUCACUUUGCAAGAUGUUAUUAAAUUGUGUGAAGACUUCUACAAUACCGUGACUUCAAAGACAAUGAAUAAAACUGAAAAGGAUAAUAACAUAAUGCUAUUGGAUUCAAGCCUUGCACUUUUAAUGGAUCAAUUGAUUAAUCUUUUGGUGGGAAUGAAAACAGCACCAAGUUCUACUCCAUUGUCACAGUUGUUGUUGCGAUUGGAUUUUAAUAAUUGGUUUUCGCAUCAUCGAAAAAGUGAUCUUUAUCAAAAUCUGUUUGCUGAAAUUCAAUCGGGAGAAAAAAUAGAACAAAGUUCAUGAUGAGGAGUUUAACUUGUUUGUUUUCUUGUGAAUUUAAAAUGAUUUGAAUUUUAAUAUAAACGCUUGUUUUUUUAAUAAAGUUUAAGUUGUUGCCUUUCA